CCAGAACCACCUGCACAGGUAGACAAAAGGCACGGCAAUGCAAUUGUUGCAAGGACAAUCGUCAGGCUUCCGUUUCUUGGCCACGGGUGCUGUUCUCUCUUUAAUCAUCACGACCUUCAUCAUCUUUGGUACGCGGUACUCCAAUGACGUCGCCAAAUAUGCUUUAAAGGCGCCCCUGAAGUCAGCCCCGCAGUCCUGUUCGCAUUUACCGCAAUUGACGCCAGUCAACGAUUCUAAAUGGGAGUUUAUGGUCGAGCGCGAUGGUGACAACCAUGGGCUUUCGGAUACGCAGUGUCGCCUUGCCUUUCCUAAAUUUUUCGUUGAGCUCGACAAAUCCGUAUCGCUAAGGGAAGGAAGUCGCAUAACGUUUAAAGAGCUGGAUGGCUUGGAGGUGGGGGAUGGUAUGGUGCGGGGCAUCAUUGAUCGUGGCGAGCUCCAUAUAGUCGAUUUCGGCGCAAUGCCUGCGACUUUCACCCGCGGUAAAGCAACUUUACAUGCUAUUAAUCGCGCCCUGGCCUCGUUCCCGGACCGAGAUACUCUGCCAUCUAUCGAGUUUGUCUUGACAACGGAGGACUAUAGCAAUAGUGAAGGGCCAAUUUGGUCCUAUUCUAAGCGGGACGAGCAGGAGAAUGUCUGGUUGAUGCCCGACUUCGGAUACUGGUCGUGGCCUGAAGUCAAGAUUGGCCCAUACAAGGAGAUCCGACGUCGCAUUGCCGCAGUCGACGACGGGGAGGCCACUCUAGAUGGGAAGUUCGCCCCGGGGUUGUCUUUCCAGGACAAGAAGAAGCAGCUUGCCUGGAGAGGUAGUGUUGCUACAAGUCCCGAGAUUCGGGGUAAGUUGUUGAAGGCUGCUCAGGGCAGGAGUUGGGCAAGCAUACGGGUGAUCGACUGGGACGAUGAGAACGACGUCCGGUUCAAUCUCCUGCCCAUGGAGGAAUACUGCCAGUAUAUGUUCCUGGCACAUACGGAAGGACGAAGCUUCUCCGGACGCGGGAAGUAUCUCCUGAACUGUCGCUCCGUGGUGGUCUCGCACAAGCUGGUCUGGCGAGAGGCGCACCAUGCUGCUCUCAUUGCGUCCGGUCCGGAGGCGAAUUAUGUCGAGGUAGAGCGGGACUUCUCGGAUCUAGAUCGAAAGAUGGCAUUUCUUAUUGAUAAUCCGGAGGCAGCGCAACGCAUUGCGGAAAAUGCUGUGAAAACGUUCCGAGAUCGGUAUUUGACACCCGCAGCGGAGUCUUGCUAUUGGAGGCAUCUGAUCCGACAGUAUGCUUCGUCCUGUGAGUUUGAGCCUGUCUUGUACACACAGGAGAAUGGCAGGAGACAGCCCCGAGGCGUUCCAUUCGAGAGUUGGGUCCUUACUGGACUCUAGAUGUCGCACCUUAUUACGUUUUCGCUUCUAUUUGCAUGCAUACGGCGUUGGUGGCUCAGGUUGGACACAUUGAUUUUCAAUGAUUAGCGUUCUAUGAGUGAUGUAUUGGAUAGUAUAACUAUAAGAUGAGAUGAAUUUUGUGAUGAUGACUUG